AUGGAAACACAGGAGGACGCCCCGCUACCGAUAGAGGGCGUCGUCGACCACCUCGGGCAGCCGAUCUUCUCCCGGGGAGCCGCCGGCGGCUGGCCCUCCGCCGCCUUCAUCAUCGGUAAGUGCCUCCCGCCACCGUCUUCUUUCUCCGCUUUUCAGUGAGACACGGCGACCACCAGUGACCAAAAUCUCCGCCACCGCCGUUGUGCUGAAGGGGCCGAGUUGUCGGAGAAUUUCGCCCACACCGGCAUCUCCAUGAACCUCAUCAGCUACCUGACGGGACCCUUCCAGGAGUCCACUGCCUCCGCCGCCGCCAACAUGAACACGUUGACCGGGGUGUCCCUGAUGCUCCCCCUCCUCGGCGGAUUCAUCGGCGACUACUUCCUCGGGCGCUACCGCACCACCGUCGUAUCCUCCCUUCUUUACGUCCUGGUUCGUUCCUGCUCUCCAUCCGAAAUCGUCUUGUGGUCAGACCCUUGACAAAUCCUCGCCAUAUUGCUUACAAAUUCGUCUAAUUGUACCUUGAAAAGAAGGGCUACUGGUUUUACGCGACGAAGAAUUUACUCACCGUACAUCGGGUGUACCCUUCUGCCGUAUGAUCUACAUCCCUGCAGGGUCUGGCGAUGCUGGUGGCUUCAGCGGUGGCGCCGUCGCUCCGUCCACCGGAGUGCGGCAGCGACAGCGGCAGCCGGGAGAGCUGCCUCCCCUCCCAAUUCCAGAUUGCGUUCUUCUUCUCCGCAUUGUACCUGGUGGCUGUCGCGCAGGGCGGUCACAAGGCCUGCACGCAGGCCUUUGGGGUCGACCAGUUCGACGGCGACGACCCAAAAGAGUGCAGGUCCAGGGGCUCCUUCUUCAACUGGCUACACUUCGGGGUCUCCAGUGGCAUGGCGUUCACGGUGCUGCUGAUGUCUUACGUCCAGGACAACAUCGGCUGGGGACUCGGAUUUGGGCUGCCUUGUGCUUCCAUGGCGAUCUCCCUCGUCCUCUUCUUGGCCGGUACGAGGACCUACCGCUACUGCGCUCCCUCCGGCAAGAACCCCCUCGCGCAGCUCGCCGGAGCCGACUGCAAUUUCUCGAGCAGCCAGCGUGGGCUGCCCCACGAAGAAGCGAAGGAAGCUCUCCUCCGUGGGGGGUAAGGAUCCUCCGGACCCUGGAAAAGCCUGUUCUAAUGUAAACAUGAUCUUCUCAUUCCUCAUGGGGUUCCCACUCUGCAGGUCUGCCGGGGAGGAGGAGGGUGUCGCAGAGGGUCCUCGAGCGGUCCUCAGAUUGCUCCCAAUCGGGGUAACCUGCUUGCUGUACGCCGUUGUGCUUGCCCAGUCCACGACCUUCUUCACGAAGCAGGGCAGCACCAUGGACAGAAGAAUCACCCCCUCCUUCCUCGUCCCCCCUGCGGCGCUCCAGAGCUUCAUCCACCUCUCCGUCCUAGCCUUCGUGCCCAUCUACGACCGCCUCUUCGUCCCUAUAACCAGAGCCUUCACCGGGCGGCCCUCUGGCUUGACGAUGCUCCAGAGGAUCGGCGUCGGCAUGGUUCUCUCAAUCUUCGCCGUGGCCAUCGCCGCCAAGGUGGAGACGAAGAGGCUCCAAACCGCCAGAGACCUCGGACUGGUAGACUUACCUGGCGUCGCCAUCCCCAUGAGCCUGUGGUGGCUCGUUCCUCAGUAUGUCCUCUUCGGGGUCUCCAGCGUCUUCACCGUGGUGGGUCUGCAAGAGUUCUUCUACGACCAGGUGCCCGUCUCGAUGAGGAGCUUGGGCUUCGCCCUCUAUCUGAGCAUCUUCGGCGUUGGGAGCUUCAUCAGCGGCUUCUUCAUCUUGGUAAUCGAGAACGUGAGCACCUGGUGGGGGGAGGACUGGUUCUCCGACAACCUGAAUCGUGCCCACCUCGACUACUUCUACUGGUUUUUGGCGGCGCUGAGCUCCGUCGAGCUCCUCUUGUACCUCUACUUGGCUCGUUCCUUCGUCUACAAGCAGAGAAAGAAGGGGAGCGGCGCUGCCUGA